CCGGAAGCAGGAAGUGGAGUCAACGUCAACGUGCGAAAUUCAAACUUUGGUAACAAAACAGCCCUGCCGGAGGGCUUUUCAUUCUGUAUGGUGAUAACUGAGUUUAACUGCUUCUUCUCCUGUUUUCAUCGAAAUCCAGAAAGCUUUGUAAGUGUGUAGCUGAAACAGGGAGGAUGCCUGUGGAAAGGACGGAGCACCGCGGAUUCGACGAGCUCUACAGAUACUAUGAAGUUUAUGAGACGAUCGGCUCCGGAGGCUUUGCUAAAGUGAAGCUGGGCCGACACAUACUGACAGGAGAGAAGGUUGCUAUUAAAAUCAUGAACAAGAAGGAUCUAGGGGAUGACCUGCCUCGUGUGAAGCUGGAGAUUGAGGCCAUGAAGAACCUGAGUCAUCAGCACAUCUGUCGUCUCUACCACGUCAUAGAAACCCCCAGCCAGAUCUUCAUGGUCCUGGAGUACUGUACAGGCGGGGAGUUGUUUGACUACAUCAUAGCAAAGGAGCGUCUAUCUGAGGAGGAGACGAGAGUUUUUUUCAGACAGAUUGUGUCUGCCAUGGCCUACGUCCACAGCCAGGGAUACGCACAUAGAGACCUCAAACCGGAAAACUUGUUGAUUGAUGAAGACCACAACUUAAAACUGAUUGACUUUGGAUUAUGUGCCAAACCCAAGGGAGGUUUGGGGUAUGAACUGAUGACGUGUUGUGGGAGCCCAGCGUAUGCUGCGCCUGAACUCAUCCAGGGAAAGGCAUAUAUUGGUUCAGAGGCUGAUGUGUGGAGUAUGGGAGUGCUGCUGUUCGCUCUGCUCUGUGGAUACCUGCCCUUUGAUGACGACAACUGCAUGGUUCUGUACAGGAAGAUUACAAGAGGUAAAUAUGAUAACCCUCGCUGGCUCUCUCCAGGAAGUGUCCUCCUUCUCAACCAGAUGAUGCAGGUGGACCCCAAGCGGCGUGUCACUGUUCGUCAGCUGCUGGAUCAUCCCUGGGUGACAAAAGAUUACAACAGCCCGGUGGAGUGGCACAGCAGGCAGCCGCUUGGCCACAUAGAUGAGGACUGUAUCACAGAGAUGGCUGUCAACAUGAAGCGAUCGAGGCAGAGCACCACAGCACUGGUCAAGGAGUGGCAGUAUGAUCAGACCACAGCCACCUACCUGCUGCUGCUGUCAAAGAAGCAGAAGGGCAAACCUGUCCGUCUGCGCCCUGAGCCAACAGUCUGUGAAGACUCCUGCUCUCCACUGCACCAGGGACUGCAGUCCAGAGAGGCCCUUCACUUCAGCGAGGAUGAAGAUGCAGUGAUAGUUGGUUCUCUGGACUUUUGCUCAGAAUACAUUGAUGAUUGCCCAUGGGUUUCAGUCAAGCAAUACACACCACAUGCUGUUAGAGGUCAGCCAGAUGGAGCUGCAAACCCUGAAGACACAAGGCACACCUCCCCAUCAGCAGAGAGAAGAUAUGGUUAUAGCCCUACUCCUGAGAGGGGGCGACCAACAACGCAGCAGCGCAAUGAGAGGAGGUGCAGAGGCCAGGAGAAAAACAGUGAGAACAAGGAGAACAUUGCUGUGCAGGAGAAAGAUGCUGACAUGUUUGUGUUGCCUCCUCCUCGAACUCCAGUGUCCAAUAAGAAGAAUCCACGGCCCAACAAGAAUGUGUUGACCACACCCAAUCAAAAUACCAAUGGGAAUGGCACUAAAACCAAUUCAGUCACACCUAAAGGUGGAGGCAGUGCAUCCAAAGAGCAAAGUAAGAAGAAAGCAGCAGAGAACAAGGAGAGCAUAGACAUUGAAAUCAUGGCCUUCAGUCCUGAGAGGAGGUCUCGCUCGUUGGACAUGGCUGUUACAGGGGACAGCGGGAAGAAGAAGAGAGGAGGUAAAGUGUUUGGUUCAUUGGAGAGAGGUCUGGACAAGAUGAUCACCAUGCUCACUCCCAGCAAGAAACGAGGCCUGCGUGACGGCCCCCGCAAGAUCAAGGUGCAGUACAACGUUACUCUGACCAGUCAGACCAACCCAGAUGAGGUCCUCAAACAGAUCCUCUCCAUCCUGCCUGAGAAAAACAUUGACUUCACACAAAAAGGUUAUACCCUUAAGUGUAGGACAUAUGGCGACUUUGGCAAGGUGACCAUGGAGUUUGAGCUGGAGGUGUGUCUGCUGCAGAGGCCAGAGGUCGUCGGGGUUCGCCGUCAGAGGCUGAAGGGAGACGCCUGGGUUUACAAACACCUGGUAGAGGACAUCCUCUCCACAUCCAGCAUCUGAAUAAAGUACUUUCCUGGAGAUAUUGUGUUUCAGGUCGCAGUGAUUGUGCAAAUUGGUUUCAUAAACACAGUAUAUUCAAUAAACCGUCUAAAGACAGAGCACAUAGAAGAUGGGAGUAUGUUUAUUUUUCCUGACAUCCUUGCAGAUCAAGUUUGGAUAAAUUCGUCUUUCGGUUUAUUAGCGGAGAUGGUCUUCUUGUGUUAAUGAUCACUCCUUAAUUAUCCAGAGUAAAUAUUUAAAGCUGUCCUCAGGCCAGCCUCAAUCCCCAAUGAACAUGUUAAACUAAAUCUACAAGCAUUAAAAGUCAGGAUCCUGUACAGAAUAUCUUGUUUUAUGUAGCAUAUUGUUGUUUUACUUCCCUCCUUGCUCCGCUGAGUUUGAUCCUGGUCAAUCCUCUGGAGAAGCACGUGUUUAUGUAUGAAAUGUAACAACGCUAUUUACAGCAUACCUUCUGGCUAUGUAUUAUCAUAUUUAUGUGUGGAUGUUGUUAUUCUUCCCCUUAGGUGCUAAACUUGAUUGAAUAACAGAAACAAGCAAAGCAUUACUAAUUUACUGUCAUUGUUUUCUGAUGUACAUGUGUUUACAGUUCUGCUAUCAUGACACUUUAAUGUGCUUGUCUUGUAUGAAGUGUUUUUAAUUUCUUAUCUGUGCUCAUCUUGUCUUAAGCUGUCAAACGGUGUCUGAAAGAUUUCUAUUGACAUAUAAAGAAGAACAAUAAAAGGUUUCUUGUAAAGUG